CGGGGCGGAGCGGCGCGGGCCGCGCGGGGCAGUGUGGGCCGCGGGCGGUGGGAUGUCGGGCGGCGCGGCGCGGCGGUACGUGGCGGCGGCGCUGGGCCGGGCCCGGGCCCGCGGGCCGCCCCCGCUCUGGGAGCCGCCCCCCGCCCGCCACCUGCGGGCUCUGGGCACCGGGGGGGCAGCGGCGCUGCCACUGCUGCUGCCGCCCCGGCGGCACCUCUCGUCUCGGAACCGUCCCGAGGGCAAAGUGCUGGAGACCGUGGGGGUGUUUGAGGCCCCGAAGCAGCACGGCAAAUACGAGACAGGCCAGCUCUUCCUCCACAGUGUGUUUGGCUAUCGAGGAAUAGUCCUGUUUCCCUGGCAAGCCAGGCUGUAUGAUCGGGAUGUGGCUUCUCCUGUCACAGAAAAGGGCGAGAAUGUGGCAGGCCAUGGUUCCAAAGAGGUCAAGGGUAAAACACACACUUACUACCAGGUGUUAAUAGAUGCCCGGGAUUGUCCACAUAUAUCCCAGAGAUCACAGACAGAGGCAGUGACGUUCCUGGCAAAUCAUGAUGACAGCAGAGCCCUCUAUGCCAUCCCAGGUUUAGACUAUGUAAGCCAUGAAGACAUCCUUCCCUACAGCUCCACUGAUCAAGUGCCCAUCCAGCAUGAGCUCUUUGAGAGGUUCCUCAUGUACGACCAAACAAAAGUCCCACCUUUUGUAGCAAGGGACACUCUGUGUGCGUGGCAGGAGAAGAACCACCCCUGGCUGGAGCUCUCAGACGUGCACCGGGAAACCACGGAGAACAUCCGUGUCACUGUUAUCCCCUUCUACAUGGGCAUGAGGGAAGCCCAGAAUUCCCACGUCUACUGGUGGCGCUACUGUAUUCGCCUGGAGAACCUGGACAGUGAAGUGGUGCAGCUCCGGGAACGGCACUGGAGGAUAUUCAGCUUGUCUGGCACCUUGGAAACAGUGCGGGGCCGUGGGGUUGUAGGAAGGGAGCCAGUUUUGUCCAAAGAACAGCCAGCAUUUCAGUACAGCAGCCACGUCUCCCUGCAGGCAUCCAGUGGUCACAUGUGGGGCACUUUUCGAUUUGAGAGGCCUGAUGGCUCCCACUUUGAUGUCCGAAUCCCACCCUUUUCCCUGGAAAGCAACAAAGAUGAGAAGACCCCUCCCUCUGGCCUUCACUGGUAGAUCAGGUCGAGUGCCCAAACCCACGGAGGCCUGUGUGUGUUGUAGACCUUCGCCUCCCCUUUAUGCUGCAGCCAAGAACACAGAGCUUUUAAACAUUUUAAACCAUUUUUGUUUUAACUGUUGUCUGCCAGGGAGGCUUUUUUUGGAACUUUACUACUGGCUCUCCUCUCAGGCUGCUUGUAAAACAUAAGCUGUGUUCCAGGUCACCCUUCCCACUGUGGCACCUGCUGGGUUUUUGGGGCUGGGGGCUGUAGAUCUGUGCUGCUGCAGAAGACUGGCCCCCCUCAGCAGGCCUGGACCCUUUCCAAUGUGUUGUGACUUCUCUGCAAUGUGAGGUUUCUCUAAUAAACUGGCCCUUCCAGUUGUAACCAGUCUUCCUUCCUCAACCAAGGCCAUGGCUUUGCAUCCAGCCUGUCCCAGCUUGCUGCUCCCCCUGUGUGAAGUCAGCCCAGAGUUCUUGCUGCUUCAGAAGGGGCUGCUCCUCCUUCAGGGAGCAGGAAUGUGAGCUCAGCUUUCCUGCAGUGCAGCUGCUUUUUGGGAUUCAGCCAGGGCUGGAGCAGCCUGUGAGCUCCACUCAUGGCACAGCUUGUCUGGGCUUUGUGCUGUGAUACAAAGCCCAUUUUUUUUUGGAGAAGAGGGUGCAGAGGGGACAAGGUAGGUGACAUGUGGUGCUGUCACAGUGUCCUGUGCCUGCAGAGCACCAGGCUGUGUGUUGUGAUGGUACAGGAGAGCUGAGAGGAGCCCUCCCUGUGCCAGGGCUUUGCCUUGCUGCAGGGAUUUAGAUCCCAGCUGCUGGAGGGUUCUCCCCUGCUCACGCUGUGGCUGCACCCAUAUUUCCUUGGUAGUUUCUGCUUUGACAGGAAUGCUUGUUUUCACCUGGAAUGCUGUCAGCCAGUGAGGCAGUGCUUGGCUCUCUGCUCCUGCUUGCUCUGCUUGGCAGGUUGUGAUUUUUUGGUGGUGUGUGUCUGGAGGGCCCUGCAGGGCUGUGCAGGUCAGAGAAAUCCCUGUAAGAUGACAGUGCAUGGAUGUGUGGGAAAGCCAGAGCAGCUCUGAGGAUUGCAAAGACCAUCAGCCUUCAUGGUGGACCCUUCUGGCUGUCUCUGGGUUUCCAGACUUCUGGGUGACUCAGAGGCUUUGUGAUAACCCUAGGAAGAGAGUUUCCAACCUUCCUCCUUUCCCUAGUCUUGCUGAAAUGACAAGGUGUAAUUAACUCACGGGAUGUUUUCCUUGAUUUAGAAGUAUCCUAGUUAUCCCCUCUUCCCUGGAACCCCCUCUCUGAGCAGCCUGUUUGCCUUUGGCUCUGCAAGGCAGAGCUGUGGCAGUGCUGUAGGCAGACAGCCUUGGGGGGAGACUCUCCUGCUGUCCCACAGGCAGUGGAUUCCUGUUUAGAGAGACUUAAUCACUGCAGUGUUUAUCUGUCACCAGUCUCUUCGAUUUUGUGUCUUCCUUCCUCUCAGGUAGUACGUGCUCAUAUUUAGAGAUUCAAAGGUUUAAACAGCCAGUCUGCUUUUAGGGGUAGCAAAGGAUCCCUAAAGACCAUUCACAGCUGACAACCCCACAUUGCUGCUGUCAUGCUGAUUUCCUCUCAGGAGGAGGAGGUGGGAAGAUGCCUCAAGUUCAGAGGCAGCAGGAACCUGUAAGAACCUGCUUUUCCCUUCCCAUGCAGCUGCCCUGCCUCUCUCUCGGGUUGCUCCAGCUUUACUGGCGAUUGCAACACCCCUGUGAAUGUUUAACCGCGCUGCUCACCCACGCGUUUCUGGGGUGCUGCGGCUCUGACGCCUCCUGUAACCAGCAGAGAGCUGCGGCCCCAAGGGAUGGAGAGAUCCCGGGGCGGGGGCUCUGCGCGUUUGUUUGGGGCGAUGUCCCGUCGGGGCUGAGGCCUCUGUCUAGGAACGGACAUUCCUGCCCGGGUAAUGAUUGGCGGGACCGAGGUCACCGCGGUGACAGAGCGGGCACGGCAGGAAUGUUUCCACUCCAUCGGGCUUUGCGGAGGGAGAAGCGCCGACCCGCCCCGGCGCCAGAGGUUCGGCAGGGCCUUUCCCCAACUGCUUCAUCCCUCAGGCCCCUUCCCGGGGCGCGGCCGAGCCCUGUCCCCCCUCUCUGUGUAAAUAUCUGUACAAAGAACCAACCAAUAAAGCGCUGAACGAA